AUGCUCACAGAAAUUGUGCUCUCGUCCUCAGAACGAAGCGGAAGACUCUUCUCUUCCCACAACAUCCAACGAAUUCUCGAGGCCUUACAUACACAUGGAAUCAUCGUCCUGAAAGACAUUAUUGAUCCAACCCAUUUGGAUGCUUUGAAUGAAUUCAUGCUUUCCGAAGUGGAUUCUCUCGUAAAAGUGGCACAGUUGAACUUUAACACAAAGAAUAUUCAACAUGCACCACCUCUUCUUCCACUGAGCUUGCUAUACGAAGAUAUCUACAUGAAUCCAUUUCUUCUUCAAGCGGUGCAGCUUUAUCUUGGUGCACAGCCCAAGUUCAACUUCAUUAGCGGAAACACCGCUCUUGCUCAUGGACUAACACGACAACCCGUUCACUCUGACGCAAACUUUCAUCAUCCACAAUGUCCAUUUUGCCUCGUUGCAAAUAUCCCGUUAAUUGAAAUGGACGUAUCGACUGGUUCGACAGAGCUUUGGCCCGGUACACACAUAUUUACUAGGAAUGAUCAAAUUGAGGAAGGUUUUGAAAUCAAGAAAUAUCUCAUGGAAGGAAGGGAAUGUCUACAGCCGACCGUAAAGAAGGGUUCUGUCGUUCUGCGUGAUUUGCGCUUGUGGCACGCUGGCAUGCCGAAUCCAAGCGAUCGUACGCGUUGUAUGUUGGCUCUAGGAUACGUCUCGAAUUGGUAUCGUAAUGACUAUCGAGUACCUGUUCCCGAAGCAGUUGAGACGAUUCUGACCGAGGGAAUGGAAAAACUGGGAAUCAAAGCAAUGGUCACCAGUGUUUCGGAAGAGGAGUAUUCAAAAGUUAAACAUGGUCUUGAUUCCACAUUCGAACAGAGUCCUUAG